CGACGAUCCGACCGUGAAUCUAGUAGAAUACAGUUUAUAUCGAUACAAACUAUUAUUCGGAGUAAUUUUCUACAGACGGAGUAGAGAGGGAGUUCAUAAUUGAAAAGGAUCUAAAUAUUAUUCGCUGUGUAUUUAUUACAGCUCGACAUUCGGACGUAACGUAUUUUUCUUCGAUACAACUUUCAGAAACUGUUACGAAUGUUACAAUAUUCAUCAUCGUUAGUUUAUUGUUAAGCGCAUAUUGCAUCUUGGCACAAUUCAUGUACACUAACGGAAUCAUCGAAGUUGUAGAUAUUUACUAGAUAUAAAUAAUGCCACGCAGAAAUCGUCAUAAGAAAACUCCUCUUAUUGGAGAGGAUACCAGAAUUGCAGUAAAUUUAACAUUAAAGAAAUUAUUACAAACGCCUGAUCAAAAAGAAUUAGAAUUUCCAUCUUCAUAUACUGCAGAAGAAAGAGCCUACAUUCAUAAAUUAGCAUAUGAACUUGGAUUAAAGUCUAAAAGUAGAGGUAAAGGUACAAAUCGUUUUUUAACCGUGUAUAAAAGAGAAGGAUCAACUAUUGUUCAAGCUGAUGCUGUAAUAAAAUUACAAAAAGCAUCAAAACAGAGUAUCUCUAAUCUGUUACAAGCUUUUCCAAUUAAUCAUAAGGAAUGUCAAGAUUUAUUACCACCAAUUGAACGAGAACGGCCUCCUAAUACAGAUGUUUCAGUGAAUACAAAUACAAAAGCAAUGGGUAGAUUAAACAACAGUGUGCCUCAAAUACCACAACUAAAAACUAAUUUUGAUGUAUUGAACUAUCGCAAAGCUCUCCCAAUUUUUAAUUUUAGGGAUGAUAUUCUUGAUGCGUUAAGUGUUAAUCAAGUGAUCGUAAUAGGAGGUGAGACAGGUAGUGGUAAAACUACUCAGGUCCCACAAUUUAUUCUUGAUCAGUGCCAGCAAAGACAACAACCAUGUAGAAUUAUUUGCACUCAACCAAGAAGACUGUCAGCUAUUUCAGUAGCUGAAAGAGUAGCAUUUGAGAGAGAUGAAAAAGUUGGUCAAACGUUUGGUUAUCAAAUAAGGCUUGAAAGUAGAGUUGCUCCAAAAACUCUUGUAACAUAUUGCACAAAUGGUGUACUUCUUAGAACUCUUAUGGCAAAUGAUUCAAUUCUAAGUACUGUCACGCAUGUUAUUGUAGACGAAGUUCACGAACGUGAUAGAUUUUGCGACUUUCUUUUAAUAGCAUUAAAAGAUGCGUUGCAAAAACAUAAGUCUCUUAAGCUUAUUCUUAUGAGUGCCACGUUGGAUGUAAGCAUUUUUGUGAAAUAUUUUAACAAAUGUGGAGUUAUAAAUGUCUUAGGCAGAUCAUAUGAUGUCGACGUGUAUUUUCUUGAAGAUGUUUUAAAAAUGACUGGUUACAUGACGAAAGAAAUGCUUGCAAAGAGGAAAGAAUUUAUAAAUAAAAAAGAUCAAUAUAAAAUUUUAGAAACUUGGACUCAAUAUAAACCUCAACAGUCAGGAUCAAAUACUAUGAAUGAAAGAUGUAUAUUAUCUGCACCAAUUUUAGCACAACAGAAUGAACCAGUUCCUGAAAAAAUAAAAUUAGAGCCGUGGUUAGUUGAAGAAAUGGAUAAAAGUAUCUCUGACGCAUGGUUACGCGGCGGCGAAGACAAUUUUGCACAACUUUUAUAUUUCAUACUUUCCGAAAAUGUUUCGGUAGAUUAUCAACAUUCCAUAACAUUUGUAACUCCGCUUAUGGUCGCCGCAGGUAAAGGAUGUAUAAAUACCACAGAACAGCUUUUAAAUUUAGGCGCAAAUUUAAAUUUGCGAGCAGCAAAUGAAUGGACUGCAUUAGAUUGGGCAAGAAAUAUGAAUCAAACGGAAUGUGCUGAGUUAAUAGAAGCAUAUAUGAAAACUUACGAUUGUACAUUGCAGGAUGAAACCAAAGUACAUGCUAAAGAUAUUUCACUUUCAGAGGAAGAUAAAUUUUUAUUAGAUGUGUAUCAACAUACGUUUAACGAUGACAAAAUUAAUUAUGACCUUCUUUUACAAUUAAUUUUGUAUGUCCAUUUAAAGAUGCCGCCUGGUUCUGUUUUAAUAUUUUUGCCGGGGUAUGAUGAUAUUGUAACUAUGAGAGAAAAGAUAAAUAACGAGGAAAAAGAAAUGAAUAAGGGUUUGCGCUAUAAUUUAUAUAUGCUUCAUUCAUACAUGCAAAUAUGUGAUCAGAAAAAAGUAUUUAAACCAAGUCCUGUGGGAUCUCGAAAAAUUAUUCUUUCAACAAAUAUAGCUGAAACAAGUAUUACAAUUGAUGAUGUUGUAUAUGUUAUUGAUUCAGGAAAGGUUAAAGAAAAAUCGUUCGAUGCCUUAUCGGGAGUAUGUACACUUAAGUCUAAUUGGAUUUCUCAAGCUUGUGCAAAACAACGUAAAGGUAGAGCAGGUAGAUGUAGGAAGGGCAUUUGUUAUCGGCUGUUCUCGUCAAUUCGAUAUAAUAGUAUGGAGCCUUAUCAAACUCCAGAGAUCUUAAGAUCACCACUGCAAGAAUUAUGUUUAUAUACAAAACAUUUAGCUCCUGGAAAUACACCCAUUGCAGAAUUCUUAGAUCGGGCACUGGAACCACCUUCCAAUGUUAUAACGAGAAAUGCAGUUCAAUUAUUGAAAACUAUCGAUGCAUUAGACCCAUGGGAAGAUCUCACUGAAAUAGGAAGUCAUUUGCUUGACUUACCAAUUGAACCACGACUUGGGAAAAUGUUAUUGUAUGCUGUUGUUUUGAAAUGCUUAGAUCCAGUCUUAACUAUUGUAUGUAGUUUAGCAUACAAAGAUCCCUUUAUAUUACCGUUACAACCAUCACAAAAGAGAGCUGCAAUUGCAGCACGUAAGAGAUUUGCGACCAAUACAUAUUCCGAUCAUAUGGCAGUUUUACGUGCUUUUCAAGGUUGGCAGAAUGCACGUGCAAGUGGCAAAGAACGCAUAUUUUGUGAACAAAAUUUUAUUUCGGCUGCUGUGAUGGAAAUGGUUGUUGGAAUGCGUACACAAAUUCUUGGUCAACUACGUGCAUCUGGAUUCAUUAGAGCAAGAGCACCAGGAGAUAUUAGAGAUCUAAAUUCUAAUUCUGAAAACUGGGCAGUAGUAAAAGCAGCUCUGACUGCUGGUUUAUAUCCAAAUGUAAUAAGAGUAGACAGAGAACAUUUGCAAUUAAGGACACAAAAAGAAGUGAAAGUAUUUUUCCAUCCAUCAUCAACUUUAAGAGAUUAUCCCAAGUCACCAAGAACGACAUUUACACAAACAUAUUCAGCUAAUGUGGAAGCUUUACCCUGUGAUUGGUUACUCUAUGAAGAAAUGAGUCGUACAGGACGAUUUUGUCAUGUUAGAAUGGUCACAUUGGUUAAUCCAUUAACAGUGGCAUUGUUCUGUGGACCAGCAAGAUUGUCUGUAGAUGUAAUCUAUGAAGCUGAAUCUGUACCAGAGAGUGAGUCAGAUUCUGAGGUUGAUGAAAGUAAUGAAGGAACGAUUUUUAAACUUGACGAUUGGGUAGUAUUUAAACUUGAUCCAGAAACUGUCAGACUUUUUUUAUAUUUAAGACAAAAAUGGAAUGCUCUGUUUUUGAGACGUAUGAAAACUCCAAAUAAAACAAUGUCGCAACUUGAUGAGAAGGUGGUCAGUGUCUUAGUUAGUGUCAUUACAAAUGAAGAACAGGCAUGUGGAUUACAACAACCGUCUGGUAUUGGCCAAAGACCGCGACCAUUGAUUGUUGACUAUUACCCUAUAAAUGUUAGGAGAACAGAUGACUUUGUAGAGAGGAAUUUUUAAAAUUGGUUGGAAGAAAAUCUUAUUAAGUAUUAUCUAUAAGAGAUAUUUUAUUUUCUUGGUUCCUAUGUGUUAUUUAAUACGUAAGCAUACAACGAUAUUCCUGUAUUUACAUAAUUUUAAUGACAUUUGGAUAGAUUGCUUCUGAAAUAGACAAGGUCAAAGAAAUGAAUUGCCAGUGAUUGUAGGAUAAUUGCAGUUUCAUUGAAAUGUUUACUCAGUAAACAAAUCAAUAAAUUUUGUUUUUCGUUAAAAGAUUUAAAAACAAUAAAAUAUUUCAUUUAAUUAUACUAUAUAUCUCUUAAAUGUAUAUCUUGUAUUUAUUUACUAUUAGACACUUCUAGUUAUUCAAACUCUGGUUAUUAAAUCAUACAUUUUCUUAUAAAAUGUAUAAAAAUUCUCGAUUAUACAAAUUGUUAUAGUAUCGCUGAAGAAUAAAACAGAUAGUUGAACAUAUAACUCACGUGUAGCUUAUCAAAUUUAGUUACGAGGUUGUUGUAUUUUCGAAAUCGCUUUACAUUUCUAUUUUACUGCCUAAAUAGUAUAAAACGAACAUGUAGGAAUCAAUAUAGAUCUUUGUACCUUACAAUGUGAUAUACUGUAUAGAUAUUAAUCUUAAGUAAUUUAUUUACAUUUUAUACUGUGCAUAAAGUACUUAAUGAUAUGAUUUACUAUACAGAACAAUUGCACUUAAAGCUAAUACUGAUUUGCAAGAAAAUAAAUGAUAUAAAUCAAAUAGGAAAUGAAUUGCAAUUUCAUGUGUUUAAUGUGAUUAUAAAUUUAAUUUUUCAAGACAUCUAAAAUAUUUAAAUCACUUUGGUUAUUUUAAUUAUUUCAAGCACGAAUAAAUGUUUAAAAUGUAUUUUAAAACAUUUUUAUUUGGAACUGCUUGCAAGUGUUUAUUAUCAAGUAUAAAAUUUAUAUUGAGACACUUUAGAAGUAACAAGCUACAAGACUGUUUAUUUUGUACAUGAUAAUUUAACUUUUUAGAUUGUAAAACAUUAGGCAGCAAUAAAAUAUAUGUUAACAUAAUCGUUAGAAUUAUUGUAAUACUUUUCAGUGUGAUAAUAAAAAUGUUAUGUCAUAA